UAAAUCUGAGCAUGAGCAACUCGCAUAUGCACUCGACUCAAAUCAGGUAGUGACACCCUCACUCCACUCUAACAGGAUGGAGAUAAGUUCUGGAGGAUGCCCGAGUGCUACAUCAGAGGAAGUACCAUCAAAUACCUGCGAAUCCCCGACGAGAUCAUUGAUAUGGUGAAGGAGGAGGUGGUGUCGAAGGGGCGUGGACGUGGAGGCACCCAGCAGAACAAACAGCAGGGCAAAGGCAGAGGAGGAGCCGGCCGUGGUCUGUUUGGCGGUCGGGGCAGAGGAAUGACUGGUCCUGGUCGGGGGCAGCAGCAGCAGCAGCAGCAGCUGCAGCAGCAGGAUAAAAAAACGGGCAAACCACAGGGAAUGAAGAACCAGCACUAACAAAACACCUAACAACACAACCUGUUAAUCAGAGUAAUUUCUCCUUCAGUACAUGAAGAUAAAAUUGACUCUCUUGUGUUUCCUUCUGCUGUGAUGUUUGUCACGACAGAACGUUGCAGAAAUCCCACCGGGAGACGUUAAGAGAAGAUGUGCUUUUGCACUGAAUUUUGUUUUUUUUAGCAUCUGUAAGUUGGUAUUAACACUUUUUUUAGUAUGACCAUUUGCCAGUGUAUCAGUCAGGGCUGACAGACUCCUUCUUUAGAAUCAUUCAUCAUAAUAUGUCGUCACAACUUUGCAAGAACGUUUUCUAUCAUAAAUAACAGUGUAUUAUCUGAAAACCGUUUCCUAUCAGUUGGUACACUGGUAUAAGGUUUUUAAUUUUAGUUAUUUUUGUCAGCUGGUCUCAGGUCUAGUUUUCAUGGUUAAGAAACUGCCUAGCCCCAACUUCUGUUGCAUGAAUAUUUUUUUAACUUGCUCCUUAUUUUUGUGUUGUUUGUGACGUUCUGUGGUGUGUCUGCUGCACCGUACGGUCCGAUCAUGGCAGGUGGACCAGUAGGCUGGCAGUCGGGACAAGAUUUCAGUCCCUGAAAAUGUACACUUUUGUUGAAGCAUUUGUGAGAUGACACAUAAUUUCCAGAAAAAAAGAUUCUCAUAUUCUUAAGUCUGAAAUGGAUAAGUCCAAUGUGUGUCAUGUUAGUUGGGUUUCAUUUUAUUUUUGUAACAAAAGACGAUGUUGUAAUUUAUUUACAUGAGAACAUGAGAAUAAAACAACUUUUGU